AGUUUACUACAGAGUAAUUUUGGUUUUCAUAUACCUCAUGUAAGAAGCUAAUUAUGUUCAUUUAUGAGUAUUCUAGUGUUUACUUCGAAAAUUCAAGCCAAUGACAAGCGUAUACGGUUGAGUCACGCCUAUACAAGGACCUAUUGUACAGCUAGAAUGUAGGAAAAUUUUUAUGAUUUUCAGAGAUGAUAGACAAGCAAUUUUCAAUUGUUAUACACUACAACGUAGAAAUCUGAAUAACUACGUUUAAAUUAAGUAUAAAAAGCAAGGAAAAAGUCAUAUUACAUUCCUAUGUUGGUAUUUUAAUACUUUAAACUGACCUACGGAGGUUUAUUUACUACUUGUAAGAAGGUAAUAUCGGUUGUGUAAUUUGGUUGUUAAGAUAAUUCGUUGCUCCUGAAGUAGGUUUUAAAAUAGCAGACAAUUCAAACACGUUAUGAGAAUACCUUAAACUAAUCAAAAUUAACCUGUUAAAUAGCCUCAAACUGAAUUACUAAACCUCAAAAAGACACUGUUAGAAUACGCUAAACAUUUCUUUAUCUGAAUUUUUAACGAAAACCUGUCAAUUUAAAUAUAAAAAUAAUAUAUUUUUAUACAAAUUAUGCAUACUUCUGUAAGAAUUCAAGCAAAUUUUUGAUAAAUAUUCAUUCAUAAUUUUGUAAUAAUUCGACUAAAUCUGCAAAACUAUAAAUUAUAAAGUAUUUAAGAUUCCUUUGUUAGGAGUAUGUUUAUGAAUUACUGGAUAUAAUUGUAUCAAAGAAGUAAGUCGUAUAAUUUAAUGAAUAAUUUGCAUAAAAUAUUUGCAAACGUUGCAAAUUCAGUACAUAAAGACGACUAAAAUUACAAUUUAGUCUAUAAGUUUUAAAGCAAAUAUUAAUUUAAAAUAAUAGGCCUAUCAUAAUGUAAUUAAAUUGAGUGCAUUUAUAUUAUAAUAUAACUUAAUUGCUAUGGGUUUAUUUUGAGUUGUUGGAUAUAAUUGCUAUGCAAUUAUAUUCAUAACUAUAAAAUAUCUAUUGAAUUUUGUAGAGCCAUAGGCAUAACUCAUAACCAAAUGAAUAAUUUGGUUAUAUGUACAAAAAAGCUAUGUAAAUGACGCAAAUAACGUGGAAAUCAUAAGAAUUGUGGUAUAUAAAAUUUAUAACUAAUGAAAAAUAUAAUAGGCUAAAAAAUUUGGAAAUUAUAUAAGAAGAAUAUUUACUUAUAUCUUACAAUUAACUAUACUAAUUCAUAUCUAAUAUCAGUAAAUAAAUAAAAAAAAAAUCUCAGUUACCAUUUACAAAGAUUUAAAAUCUGUAAAUCCAUAAGAUAAGAUAUUUGUUAUAAAAGUCCUUGAUUCUGGAUAAAAAAUAACCCUAAAGAUAAAGUCAGUUAUUUACAUAUGACGUUGCUAACGUGUCCUGUGAUUGGUCACUAGUCCAAAUACGUGUCCCUGCCCCAAAUGUAUACAUAAGGCACCUGACACGAGUGCCAUUUAGUGAAUUCUAACGAACGCUGCGUGGUUCCUACUAAGACUUUAGCGGCACGAAUUGAAAUUAUGGUAUUAUCUCACAAUUAUCAUUACAAUAUGUUUCCUACUUCGAGCUAUUCAAAUUUCUACAAUAAUCAGUGUAACGAUGCUCAGGAUGAAAGUGCACAAAAUUUAGCAUGGUCUCAAUAUCAAUGUUGCGUGCAACAAAGCGAAGAUCAGCGGAUUUGGACAAAUCAGCAGGCAGAAAUGAACUGUGCAUCUACUUAUCCGGCAGAAAACGAACAUUUAACUUACGAUCAUUAUAACUUUCAACCUCAUAUACCUUUAUCUGAAAAUAUUGUUAAUAAUGCGGAAGUCAUCCCUUCUAUCCUCAACGAAGCUAACUGCAGCAAUAUAAGUUCAGAUUAUGAAAUGUACGACAAGUAUUCUAAAGUUGAACGUAGACAAGAGUGUUGUGCUUUAGACUCACCGAAAAAUAAAUGCAAAGACAAGUAUCGUGUGGUAUAUUCAGAGUUUCAAAGAACUGAAUUGGAAAAACAAUUUAUUCAGUCUCCGUAUAUAACCAUAGAAAGGAAAAGUGAAAUUGCUAGAGAAUUGAAUCUGACGAGCCGUCAAGUUAAAAUAUGGUUUCAAAAUAGGAGAGCCAAGCAAAGGAAAAUGCAAAAGAAAGCGGAAGAGAUAGCAAAAUCUAUGGAACCGAAUAUGGGAAUGAUGCAACAACAACCUAUACCAAAUUGGUUUAUGGAACCUUCGAUCGUAACUGGAACAUCUAUGAUGCCUACAGCAGACGUGGAUCAUUUGUUUACCAAUAUAGAUAGUUGUCCUCAACAGAUCAAACAAGAAAUUUUAUAGUUUAGUCUCGGAUUGACCCGUAAAGAAGUCUCAGGAAUUUAGAAAGAGAUCAUCUUUAUUAUUAUUAAGUGUAUAAUUACUUUUUUUAUUAUUAUUAAAUUAAAAACUAUUUU